UCCAUUUUUUCAUUUUUGUUCUAUCGAAAUGAUAGGCCAAGAAAGAAUUUCCUUGUUAAUUUAGUUGAAAAUAUCAAAGAAGAAUUUGAGAAGAAUAAAAUUUUACAGGAAAAUAGAAAACAGUUAGAUAAGCGGUUGAAAGAGCUUAAUGAUAGUGAGGCACUGCGAGAUGCAAGGAAAAAAUUUGAUCUUGUCGAAAGGGAGACAAUGAGAAAUUCCGAAGUCAUUCGAGCAAAGCUGAAGGAAUUAAAGGAUUAUAUGUCUCAGAUUACGACCGAAUUCCAAGCAAGUGAAGCGGGCAAAAAAUUGUCUAAGGUUUCUGAAGAAUCUAUUAAACAAGUACGAGUGGCUGUUGAAUCACUCGAAAAGGCUGCAGAAAAAAUUGGGGAUACUGAGAUCUAUCGAAAUGUUACCACUGUUAAAGUUGUCAAGGAGGAAGUAGAUAGUAUCGCCGAUGUACGUAUGUAUGCACGACCAGUAAAUGCAUUUUCUUCUCGUAUUAUCGAAGCCAAUACUGAAACGACGGGAGUUGAACUCCAUAAAGAAUCUAAGUGGUAUGUUAGUUGGAAAGAAUUUUCGGAGAAGAAUGUUUAUUUUAAUAAACUUCUUGAUUGGAAAAUUCGCUAUGAUGAAAGUGAAAAUCUUGCGAUUCGUAUGAUGCGAGGACUUACUGAUCGUAUCUCCGCUAUAUUGUCACCUGAAAGCGAGAUAUCAGAAGUUUUGACCGAAAUUGGAAAAGUUGAUGCCAACUUCGACAAGUCAGAUUGGCUUCGUUUUUGUGAAGUAGAUGUAAUACCGAAUGUGCUUGAAGCUUAUAUACGCGGUGAUUUAAAAGUAUUACAGGAUUGGUGUCAUGAACGAGCUUUUAAUGCUUUGGCAACAGUAGUAAAAGAAUAUGGAAAAAUUGGUUACAGUAUGGUAGAUUCAAGAAUUAUUGAUAUCAAUAAGGUUGAAUUGGUGACGGGUAAAAUGAUGGAACAAGGUCCAGUGCUGAUCAUCACCUUUCAAGCAUUCAUGUUAUACGUUGUGAAAAAUUCUGAAGGGCGAAUCGUUGAUGGUGACCCGCAUCACCCUGCACGUAUUCACCACGUUUGGGUUAUGUGUCGAGAUAUGGAAGAAUAUAAUCCAGCAGUCGCAUGGAAACUGCUGGAAGUGCAUAUGCAGAAGGGCAGCCUCUCUAUUUAA